AAUGCAUAUCUCGAUAGUCCUUCUUGUAUCUCUAGUACCUCUUACCGCGUCACAAAUGAUUCGUCAAUGUGGCUGUGGAGAAAUUGAAGGAUGUAUGGGAAGUGCGACGGGUGGAUUCAUGAAGUGUGCUGAUCAAUGCCAGAACCACGUGGCAGCUAUGGGAGCCAACUAUCCAGCUUUGAGACAAUGCAUGUUGGCAAAGGAACCAGCUAUCACUAGAGCUGCCAACUGUCAAAAAUCUAACCUUCAGAAUGCAUGCUCGAGAUCCGGAGGUGGUAUGGUUCGCAAACGUUAUCCAGAAACUCUUAAGCUUGCUGCCUUCACUGAAGUCAACUCUAUCCUCCAAAGAUCUGGAAUCCAAGCUGAAGCAAAGGCCUUCCUUGCAGUCGGAAAGAAGUUUGCCACCUGUGUCAUGAAGUGUAUGGAUCGUGGAUCUACCGGACACUGUUACAAGAAGCUUGGAUGUGGACUUGACCUUCCACCAGAUAGCAUUCUCGUUCAAUCAACCAAACAAUGUGCAAUCAACUCUGGAUUCGAUACAUCUGGAGUUCGUCAACUUUGCAACUGUGUUGCUGGAACUGGUGUCCGCAAUCUUGCUCCAUUGUGCAACCGCAUUGUGAUCUCUUAACUUUCCUCUUACGGCCUCUUUAAUAGAUAAUUGUACAUUACGGUACCAACCAACAUUUAUACUUUAAGCCUUCGCAUUUAUCGUUUAAUGAAACCUUAACUU